AUGUCUCACGGGUCGUACUCAUCUCAUUCCCAGUCCAUCAUGACAGAAGACGAAGAGGACUGGGAGGACUACGUUCAAGGCGGAUACCAUCCUGUCCACAUCGGCGACGCCUUCUCAGAUGGCAGAUACAUCGUCGUCAGAAAACUUGGCUGGGGCCAUUUCUCAACCGUAUGGCUCGCCCGCGAUACUAAGAUGAACAGACACGUCGCCCUCAAGGUCGUAAAGUCUGCAACUCGCUACACCGAAACUGCACUGGAUGAGAUUAAACUCCUUCAGCGCUUAAUCACUUCCUCUACUCCUCCUUCCGUUUCUGCUUCUUCCCCUGCUCUCACCCACCCAGGCAGAUCCCACGUGAUCUCUUUCCUCGACCACUUCAGACACAAGGGCCCUAAUGGCGUUCAUGUAUGCAUGGUUUUUGAAGUCCUCGGUGAAAAUCUCCUCGGCCUCAUAAAGCGCCAUCAAAAUAAAGGCGUUCCCAUGCCUCUCGUAAAGCAAAUCGCCAAACAGGUUCUCCUCGGUUUAGAUUAUAUGCACAGGUGCUGCGGUGUCAUCCACACGGAUCUCAAACCAGAAAACGUUCUCAUAUGCAUAGACGACGUCGAGUCCAUCAUACAGGCUGAACUCGCCGCCGCUCCUCCAAAUGCAACCGCUACUACUGCCGGUACCAAACUUGUUGGUGUGCCUCCCUCGAAAGGCAGAGGUGGGAACCAGACUCCAAGAUCCGAAAGCGUUUUUAUUACGGGUUCCCAGCCCCUCCCAUCUCCUAGUUCUUCAUUCGGUUCAAGCCCAAUGCUAGACAAAUGGGCGUUUGGAAUGAGCAGGAUGGACGGUACAACUGGGAGUGGAUCAGCUUCUACGCCUGGUUCUCUGCCUAAAUCCACUGCCGGCUCCGUUUCCAUGGCUGGAUCUGUGACCGAUACCAAACAGCGUGCAGAUUCGACAGAGCAAGCGGCAGAGAGAAUAUCUAACGUUACCCUUAACCCUACAGGCGAAGGCUUGGAGAAAAUCACUGUCAAGAUCGCCGAUCUGGGGAACGCGACAUGGACCGAGCACCACUUCACUGAUGAUAUCCAAACGCGGCAAUAUCGGUGUCCAGAAGUUAUAUUAGGUUCAAAAUGGGGGACCAGUGCCGAUGUUUGGAGUGUUGCUUGCGUGAUAUUCGAACUCAUCACCGGCGGCGACUACCUCUUCGAUCCCGCUUCUGGCUCUCGGUACUCUAAAGAUGACGAUCAUAUGGCGCAGGUCAUCGAGCUUAUGGGUGAGAUCCCCAAGUCGGUGGCAUUUGGUGGGAAGUAUAGCAGCGAGUUCUUCAAUAGGAAGGGAGAACUUCGACACAUCACCAAAUUGCGGUUCUGGCCUCUCGAUGCGGUCCUACAUGACAAGUAUCUUUUCCCACAAUCCGAAGCAAGUGCGAUCGGCUCGUUCCUUAUCCCCAUGCUCCGUCUGCACCCUGAGAAGCGAGCCAAGGCAGGCGAUUUAGUGGGACACGAGUGGCUGGAAGGGGUAGUUGUGAAGGGCGAGGUGGAUGUUUUGAAGCGGGCUGCCGAGGCUGCUGAGGGUGGAAAAGGGUGGGGUGGAGAAGGGGAAGGUGUGGAGGGUGAGAAGGAACGGGAAGGCAAGGGCAAGGGCAAAGGAGUCGGAAAUGUCAGUGAGGAGGGGAAGAUGGAGCAGGCAGACGCGAUGAAGCCUGUGGAUGAGGUUGCGGCUGGCGUUCCAGCUGGGGGACCUCCUCCUGUCCCCUCGUCAGCAAGUGCGAAAGAGAACGCGGGUGUUGUGUCGCCGAAGAAAGCAGGAGGCUCGGGUUCGUCGAGAGCAAGAGGGUAGAGUGAUAGCUUUUGAAUAUUGCAUCAGCAGACGGUUACGGAGUUACGGAGCGAGGGUUAGGCCGACGUGCAGGUACACGGUUGAACGCGAAUCACGAGCUGAUGGGCAUACGAAACGAAUGAACUCGACGACGAGGGUGGGCAUAUAGAUAGAAGAUCAUAUACAACCAAAGAAUACUCUUUUUAAUUAUUUCACAUAGGAGCCUCGAUCAAGACUUCGAGGAUGUAUGUAGAUGACAAUUUGGGUUGCGAGUGGUGUAUUGUCACUUUUUUUUUUUUUUUUUUGGUUUCCUCAGCGUCUAUACAGAUAUACACUUUGCGGUUUGUGCAUUGUACAGUUCCGUGAUGUAGGUACAAAUGUCGUCGUCGUCGUUGCUCGCUUUUUCUUUCUUUCUCCUUGACUUUGUGCUUUUAUGUCCUCGUGCUUAAUCUCGAUCCCUAGCUAUUCUCUUUAGGCAGCAUUGGUCCGAGUGCCAGAUAUGUGGUACUUCUGGUAUAUGCUGAUCGUCGCUUCGUCUGAAACUUCCAACUCCUGAAAGUCUUGCAGCUAA